CUGAAAUGAAAUCGACGAGGGCAGCGGCGAGUUGGGACGCGUCUUUGGAGAGAUAAGGUGGAGGAGAGGACUCAGUGCGUGAUACACGAUUUUGUCCCUCUCAACAAGGGAUCCAUAGACUUGUCGGUCGGAUUUCGUGUCACUGCGCGUCGCCGGAGGAGUCUCAGUGGGUUACCUGGCUCCCGGUCUCUUGGUCAUCGGACAGCCUGCCGACCAUCCAAUGUGCGUAAAAGGGCUCUAUUUCCUCGCCGUCCUGUCUGGACUCGCAGCUUCAGGCGUGCUGCAGGUCAGCGGGAUGCGUAUAUACACAUCUGGGGAUGUGGAGGCAGUCAACGGGACGGAUGUUCGUCUGAAGUGCACAUUCCAGAGUUCCUCUCCCAUCAACCCCUCCGCCAUCAUCGUCUCCUGGACCUUCAGACCCCUGAAACCAGGCCGAGAAGAGUCGGUGUUCCACUACCAGCAGCGAGCAUAUCCUCCUCUGGACGGCAUUUUCAGGAAACGUGUCUCUUGGGCCGGCGACCUCAUGGGCCGUGACGCCUCCAUCAUACUCCAACAGGUCAAGUUCACCUACAACGGCACUUACAUCUGCCAGGUCAAGAACCCGCCGGACGUCCACGGCGCGGUCGGAGAGAUUCGACUCCGUGUGGUCACCACAGCCUCUUUCUCCGAGCUUCUCCUUCUGGCGCUGGCCAUCGGGGGCGGCAUCACCGCUGUGGUCUUCCUCCUCAUCAUCAUUGUGUCCUGCAGGCGGUGCAAGACAAGGAGACAGAGGCGGCGGGAGGGGAACGAGGAGGCUCCCCGCAAAGAGAGAAAAGACCCCACUGCGUGCCACCCAUCGAGGGCCGUCCACCUCUACCUAUCAGAGACGUCCAUAGAGGUGGACAGCUCAGACGGCAUGAUCUCAGAGGCCAGCACCAAAGACCCCAGCUCCUCAGAGGAGGAGGGCCCGAGCUCAGACGACGACGACGGUGGCGACGACUCUGACUGAGGAGGUGGGGGCAGACAGAGAGACAGAAACACUGAUGUGAAGUCAGCCAGGAAACUCGCUGGAGGGAUGCCCAGAUGGCACCCACGGGUUACGGUCCACGUUUCUGCCGAGCGCAGACUUGAUGAUGAGAGCGCUGCUGCUGCUGUGUCGAAAAAACAAGCUCAUUGUUCGAGAAUGGGAGAAAAAGGGAAAGAAGUUCUGUUUGAAAGUUUCUGAAUUAGAAAUGCUUUUGAUCGGGCUCAAAGCUUUGAAACAGGAUUGAAAGUAUAAUAACUUUACUUCUGAGAGAGUUCAGAAAUAUUCAUAGGAAAGAAAUGAUGGAUUUAACCUGCAGGGCCUCAGAAGUGAGAGGCCCUGUAAUCCUGAAGCUGGUUCGGCCACUGCCAAGGAGGGAAAAACCGGCAGUUCCUGUUCGGCGACUGGCUGUUGUUUUAGACGUGAAUCUUGUUUAAGUGUGUGGAGUCGAUGCUAAAAUCAGCUGCAACAUGCGACUGAAAGUAGUCAGAAUAAGGAAGGUGUUUUCUGCCAUGAUGAGCCACGUUAAAAGCCAUACAUUUUUUAGGGUGCCUAACUUUUGUAAACCAUUGCCUGGUUGACUUAAUGGACACAAUCAUGUAGAUUCUGUAGGAUCAUCUUUCAUAUUUUAGAUUUACAAUUCAACAUCACUGGGGAUACUGUAGGUCUCGCAUUUCAGUCAACUAUGCACGCCAUCAUAAUACCCUCCAACUGUAGACUGAUGGGCGUCAGAUCAUUUUGAUCAACAACCAUAAAUAUGAUGCUGUCAUUAUGUCUGAAGGCCAAAUACUUGAUCAACUAGUGAGCAGCUGCAUGUCCGCACCUGUCCUGUGUGUCGUGUGGGAGCGCGGAGUCAGAUCUGAAAACCCCUUGAUUGCAACGUGUCCUUAAGAGCCUGUUUUUUCUCCACUUGUCUGUGAAUGCAUCAUGUCUACUAACAAACGACUGUAGCGCCUGUCUUUCCUCCUUUUUAUGGAUGGAUUUUGUACUUAUGAUGUAAUACUGAGCAAUAUGAUUAUAGAAAUUUAUUUUUUCUAUGUUUUUUAGACAAUGCCAGAAGUAUUUCACCUUGUUGUUUAAAAUGACGCUGUAUGUGUUUGUUAUAGAGCUUUUAUAUAUGAAAAAAGAUGUUCUAAUAAAAAUGCCUUUAAAUCUUU